CAAGACUCGAUAUAAAUUUUUACUGUGUUGUUUGAAAAUGGAGGAUGCUGGUCUUCUUCGUGCUGAUGGCACAAUCAUCCAGGUAGGGGACAGGAUUGUAUGUGACAAUCAUCGUGCAUUUGUUCGCUAUAUUGGCACAGUCCCACCAACUACAGGUAUUUGGCUAGGAGUGGAAUGGGAUGACCCAAGUCGAGGCAAACAUGAUGGAUCUCAUGAAGGAAAAACAUAUUUUCAUACUAGCCACCCCAAGUCAGGUUCUUUUGUACGUCCAUCCAAAGUGAAUGGGGGCAUAAGUGCGGUGCAAGCAGUGCACGAGAGGUACGGCCUGAAGAAGGAUGAUGAAGCUGGCAUCAAGAAGGAAGAGCUGUUUGUGCUGGACCAGUUUCUCAACCAGACGAAGGUGGAAAUGGUCGGAGCCAAGAAGAUCAACCAGCAGCAGAGCCAGUUCAACAGACUGAAGAAGAUCUCCAUGUUUGAUAUGAAAGUUUACUCUGGAGGCCCACCAGGUGAACUCGGGAAAACAUGUCCAAAUAUAACUGACCUAGAUAUAUCAACCAACUUAAUUUCAUCGUGGGAAAAUGUGGCUGAAAUAGCAGGGCAUCUGCCUUUUCUUAAGGAAUUGAAUGUUAGUGAUAACAGACUGAUUAUUCCUAAAGACCCGAGCUCUUUAGCGUGUAAUUUUUCAAAGUUAAGAAAUGCAACAAUGAACCAGAUGAAUCUCUCGUGGAAGGAGGUUUUGACCUGCUGCUCCAUGUUUCCUUGUCUAGAAGAGCUCCACGUUUCUUUCAACCAGAUAGCCAGCCUGUCCGAUGCCACACAUGUACUCAAGGGUCUGAGGAUACUGGACCUGAUGACCAAUCAGAUCUCCGACUGGGGAGAGGUGUUGAAGCUGGGAAACUUGCCCAUGUUGGAUACACUCAUUAUUAGUGAGAACCAGAUCAAGUCUAUUUAUUUUCCAAGUUGUUUACCAACAGACAAAACCAGCCACUUCAAACAACUCAAAGCUUUAAUUAUAAAAAGGAAUGAAAUACUUGAGUGGUCUUCCAUAGAUGAGCUUAACAAACUUCAACACCUUGAAGAUAUCCAGAUUGCCGAGAAUCCUAUCUUAAAAACUUUCACCUAUGAGACUGUUCGACAGCUGCUCAUUGCCAAAAUUAGUGGGCUGAAGUUGAUUAGUCGAACUCCUAUUAGCUUUGAAGAAAGAAAGGGUGCGGAAAUCGACUACCUCAAGCGUUUUGGUACAGAGUGGAAGGCUGAGGGAGGCAGUGUUGACAAGUCUAAAAAUAACCCCAGCAAUCAGUUCAUUGCUAAUCAUCCGAGGUAUCAAGCAAUAGCAGACAAAUGGGGAGCUCCUGAAGAUUCUGAGCUAUGUGAAAAAUCUUCUGCCCUCAAAGAUAAUUUAUUAGCAAUCAAGAUAUUUAGUCCACAACAUCCAGAGAAAGGCACAUUAGACAAGAAGCUUCCAGGAACAAUGUCUAUUGAGAAGUUAAAGACAUUGAUACAGCGUCUGUACAGAAUGAACACCGAACCCAAGUUAACUUACUCCAGUCACAAGAAGAGCAAUGGACCACAGAUUGAUUUGGACAAUGAUAUGAGACAGUUGGGGUUCUUUUCUAUUGAAGCCGGGGACACAAUUCUUGUUUCCUGGUAAACCUGCUGUUGUAAAGCUGCUUCCAUACGAACUGUGAUAUAAUUUUAUGUGACAGUAUACAUGUAUGACAUUUAAAAAGCCUACGCAAAGAAGAAUGUCAAUUGGGUAUAUUUAUGAAAUCUGUACAGAGACUAAAUUUCAGCUUUCAAAAAAACAUGGACAAAAAUAGAUUGCUUGUCAAUUUUCUUUGUCAUUCAUCUGUCAUUGAAUAAAACCUGUGUAAUAUAAAAAAUUUCACGUAAAAUGUUAUGUUUCCAUCAUUGUAGAAGUCGCAGAACAUAGCUGCAUAUACCAUUUCUUUUAUGUUGAGAAAAUCAUUGUGCCAUUGAAAAAUAUGUGUUGUUUAAUAGUGUGGCUGUCAUAAAUAAAAACAAAAUAAAAAAUCCAUCGAAUGAGUUUUUACUUUGUUAAAUUUUGAUAAAAAAUACAAUUUACUUUUUAGUGUAGGCAAGUUAAACAGAAAAGAAAUAUUGACUAUAACAUGUUAGUUUAUCAAUAGAAUGGUAAUGAACAUCAUAGUUGCCCUAAAAAUAACCAGCAUUGAAUACACUUCUACAACAGUUAUUCCAUGUUUGUAAAAUAGUAAUUGGAAUAUAACCUGAUAAUAUUCCAUUUUAAUUUCAAAAGUGCACUAGUGCAUCUGUUUUGCUGCACACUGUUGAACAAUAGAUGCUUUGUUUUAUUUGUGGGUAUUUUAAAAACUAUCAUUUUAUUCAUAGAUUAUAAACAAGUGACUGGUAUUUUCAAACACAUAUUGUGUUCAUACAAAAACUGCCAUUGUAUUUUUUAAUAUAUGUAAUGAUGAAGUAUAGAAUAAAACAUUGCUA